AUGCAAAAACGGUAUCAACGAUGGGCUAAACAUUUAGAUCUUAUUGAAAGAUGUAGAAUUCCUCGCAAGCUAUUUUAUGGAAGUUUCGAAAAGGCUACCUUGCACAUAUUUACGGAUGCUUCUGCUCAUGGGUAUGCGUGUUGUACUUUUUUACGGUGUGAAGAAGAGGGAGAAGUGAAAAUCUCAUUGGUUUCCGCAAAAGCUAGAGUAGCACCUGUACUGAGACCUACAAUUCCCCGAUUGGAACUAUUAGGAGCAGCCAUUGGAGCUAGAAUUGCUUCAACAAUUAAAGAAGCGCUUGAGCUAUCUUUGGAGACAUAUUUUUGGACAGAUUCUAUGGUAGUUCUGGGAUGGAUUACUAACUCAGAACCAUGGAAUACGUUUGUGGGUAACAGAGUAAAAGAAAUAAGAGAACUCACAAAUGCUGAAGAUUGGAGAUUUGUUCCUGGAGAUGUCAAUCCUGCAGAUAUACCUUCAAGACCAUGCGAGUGGUUUGAACUUUUACAAAGCCAGUGGUGGGAGGGUCCAAAAUGGCUCUACGAACCUCCGGAGUUUUGGCCCUAUGCUGAAAUAACUCUACCAGAAGAGGCAUUAGUAGAAAGACGAAAGUCUGUUGCUGUAAAUCUUAAUAUCAAUACCAAAGAAUGUCUUGGAAGUAGAUUUUAA